GCGUAUCAUCACGCAUGACGUUUUUUCAGAGCUCUGACGUUUGAUGGCACCCAUGGUACGUCUGUGAACGAGUCCGGCGAAACCUUACUGACAAUUUUGUUGUAGGGAUGUAAUAGAAGCGAGAUGCUCAGUCUCUUUCUUGCAAAACGGCCGCAGUUUGAGUUCAGCAAACGUACGGCCGAGCGAGCAUCCAGAAACGAUCUCUACUGAAUGUCUGCUUGUCCCUCAUGAACCUACAGGAAAUUGCCCUUACAUUGUUGCUGUGUUGUUAAGCGUCGGCUGUUCUCAUCAAGGUUUCGUUUUAUCGGUGUUAAAUUUGUGGGAAAGUAUUUUUAGAUACGCCAAAGGAUGAAUUCAAUACGACAGGUGCCGUCACGGGUGAAGAGUAAAAGGACGGAAACUAAUUUAGGAGCAGAAAGAGAGCAUUUUGAUAAACAGCAGCUCAGCAGCAUCAGUAAAGCCAUUAACUCCACGGAGACACCAGUAAAGGAAAAACAUGCCCGACGAAUUAUCCUGGGAACCCACCGGGAGAAGGGGGCAUACACUUUCUGGUCCUAUGCUAUUGGGCUACCCUUGUCCAGUAGUGCCAUCCUCAGCUGGAAGUUUUGCCAUGUUUUGCAUAAAGUCCUUCGUGAUGGCCACCCUAAUAGCUUACAAGACUGCAUGAGACAUUACAGUGACAUCGCUGAGACUGGAAUUCUAUGGGCAAACCUCAGAGACAGAUAUGGAUAUGGCCAACUUGUUGGUCUAUAUACCAAGCUUCUCUGUUCCAAGAUGGAGUUUCAUACCAAGCAUCCAGAAAUACGAUGCAACCUAGAAGCUUCAGAUGAGCUCCUGGAGCGCACAGCUGGAACAGACAUCAAUAAUGUAUUCCAGCUGACUGUUGAAGUGUUUGAUUACAUGGAUGUAGAGCUUCGGCUUGCUGAAGGAGUCCUACGGCAACUCAAUACCUCCAUUGCAAUCUCUACUUUGACAGCAGGCCAGUGUAAACUAGCUCCGCUUAUCCAGGUUGUCCAGGACUGUAGUCAUUUGUACCAUUACACUGUCAAGCUGCUUUUCAAGUUACAUGCCUGUUUACCAGCUGACACACUACAAGGCCAUCGUGAACGCUUCCAUGAUCAGUUCCACAGUCUCAAGACAUUUUUUAAUAAAGCAAGAGACAUGCUAUACUUCAAAAGACUCAUACAGAUUCCAAGGCUACCUGAUUCACCUCCAAACUUCCUCCGUGCCUCUGCUCUAGCAGAGCAUGUGAAGCCAAUGGUUGUCAUCCCAGACAAUGAGGAACCUGAGGACCAGGAGGAGGAUGACCCUGAACCACUAAUAGAUGUCAGUGAAGCUGCCUCAGUCAGUAUGGCUUCCCAGCCACAGGUGGAUAUAUUUGACCAGGCAUUUGGGCCACCUAAUAAUGGUUUUGAUGACAGGGACCUGCAGAUUGAUAGUCUGAAACAAGAAAUUGAGCAUCUGCGUGCUGAACUUGAGAAGAUCAAAGCUGAGGCACAACGCUACAUCACUCAGUUGAAGUCUCAGAUCAACAGUCUGGAGGCUGAACUGGAGGAGCAGAGAGCACAGAAGCAGCGUGCUCUUGUAGAGAACGAACAACUACGAAUGGAGCUGGAGGCCACACGACAGCGUAAUGCAGAGCAUGAGAACAUGCAAGUUACCUUUGUAGAGGCAGAAAAGAGGGCCCAGGCUACAGAACUGCGCUAUAACAAGCUGAAGGAGAAACAUGCAGAGCUGGUAGCUAACCAUGCAGAACUCCUUAGAAAGAGUGCAGAUACAGUGAAGAUGCUAUCAGCCACUCAGCAAACUCAAGAAGAGGUUGCCAGAACAAAGCAACAGUUAGCCUUUGAGGUGGAGAGAGUCAAGCAGGAGUCUGACAUGAAGUUGGAGGAACAAAAGUUUGAAUUGGAUAAAUUGAGGCGUGAGGUCGAGGAGAAGACUGGAGAGAUCCUGAGAGUAAAGGGCACAUUACAGACAUGUGAGAAGGCCAGUGAGCAGCUUAAUACUUCCAUGAGUUCACUGCAGGCAGAAAAGGAACGUCUGAUGCGCUGUGUGAGUGAGAAGGAGGCCGAACUCUCCUCCCUCAGGCAGGCAGCCCAGUUAAAGGAGUCCUCCCUCCAGCAGGAGAGGGAGAGGAGCAGCAAGGAGCUGGGUGACCUACAAGUAAAACUUAAAGACAAGCAUGGUCGUGAGGAGCAGUUGCUGAAAAAGUUGUUGGAGGAGCAGUUUGCUCUGCUGCAAGGUACAGUGGCUGAGGCAGAAAUAAUCAUUCAGGAUGCCGUGGCCAAACUGGAUGACCCUCUACAUAUCCGCUGUACCAGCUCCCCAGAUUACCUGGUUAGCCGUGCAGAAGCUACACUCGUCUCCAUUGAUAAAGUUCAUGCUGGUCAUGCACACUAUCUGAAGAAUCUGGAAGAUGCUGGGCCUCUGUUAAGAGCUCUUGCACAGUUUUCUCAUCUUACUGCGGACACCAUUAUCAAUGGGAGUGCAACAGCGCACAUGGCACCUACUGAUCAUGCUGACCGAUUAACAGAGAAUUGCAGAGAGUGUGCAACUCAGAGUUUGCACUUCCUGCAAGAGCUGAAGUCUAAAGCUUCCAUAAAGAGUGCUGACCCUGCCUCUGUUCGUGUGAUAGUGCAGAAGAUCCUUCGAACUGCACAGGGUCUGAGGCCUAAAGGAAUGGAUGUUGGAAAGGAGGAGCUGGGAGACAUGGUGGAUAAAGAGAUGGCUGCCACCUCUGCUGCUAUAGAGGAAGCUGUGAGGAGGAUUGAUGAGAUGAUGAAUCAGGCCAGACGAGACACUGAAGGAGUCAAGCUUGAAGUAAAUGAGAGAAUACUGAAUAGCUGCACUGACCUCAUGAAGGCUAUUCGCCUCCUGGUAUUGGCAUCCACAGACCUGCAGAAGGAGAUUGUGGAAAGUGGAAGGGGUGCAGCAACAGUGAAAGAGUUUUAUGCUCGGAACUCUCGCUGGACAGAAGGGCUCAUCUCUGCUGCCAAGGCAGUGGGAUGGGGGGCUACAGAGUUGGUUGACUCUGCUGACAGAGUGGUGUUACACACAGGCAAAUAUGAAGAGCUUAUUGUCUGUUCCCAUGAGAUUGCUGCCAGCACUGCACAGCUUGUUGCAGCCUCAAAGGUGAAGGCAGACCGUGGAAGUAAGAAGCUGUCCAGUCUUCAGCAAGCUUCUCGUCAUGUGAAUGAAAUGGCUGCUAAUGUGGUAGCAUCCACAAAGACAGGCCAGGAGCAGAUUGAAGAUAAAGACACUAUGGACUUUUCUGGCAUGUCUCUGAUCAAGUUGAAGAAAGAGGAGAUGGAGUCCCAGGUGAAGGUCCUGGAACUGGAGAGCAUGCUCGAAAAUGAACGCCUCCGUCUGGGAGAGCUACGCAAAAAGCACUAUGAGAUUGCCGGGGUUCCACUGGAGCAGGUAGCCCAAGACAAUGGUCUGCGCACCCCUUCGCCAACUGUGCCGUCCUCCCCGAAACCCUCUAAACCUACAUUAAUGAAGAAACCAGCUCUUGCUCAAAAGCCCAACAUUCCACCCAAAACCAUGUACAGGUAAACAAUUCCUGGACAAAUAUUGCUGAACCUGGAUCUCCCUCUUAAUGGACACUGCUGAAAACCCUUUUUUAAGUAAUCUUGGGAAGUUUCCCCUUUCCUUUGCUUUUGUGCCCGAUUCUCCCAUGUUGUUCUCCCUUAUUGGAUGAAUCAUUCAUUUGCCUUGGUUAUUAAAUGUUCUCCAAAAAGGUAAGUUGGAAACUUUUUUUUCCCCCUCAAAUCUGUUCUAUAAAAUACUGAAAUGGUAAGGUGUUGUUAUAUUAUCGUCUAGCUUUGAUAUAUAUAUAUAUAUAUAUGACAUUUCCUUUUACUUCAGAGAAGGAGGAUUUUAAACAAGGCAAAGAUUGUAGUAUGGAAAAAGCUAGCAUUUGGGUUUGUUUCUUUUGUUUUUCUUUUGCAUUUGUUUUCUUGUGUUUAUUUCCUAUGUGUAUUUUGUAUUAAUUAUUUGGUUUGGGAUAGAUGUGUACUGGGUUGAAUAUGUUUAUUUCCACCUCAUUUAAAUCUAUGUUAUGUGACUGAGCUAAAUAUUUCUUGAUAAUUCUAAUAUUUUUCUUUCUAAAAUAUCUUGAAAUGAUCAUUUGAACAAAUUACAGUUUGUAACUUUUCUCUGUUUGGUUUUUUAAAAUGAUUAUCUAACAGUAGUUCAAACAAAUCUGUGUUUAUAUAAGUUCUAUUUUAUAGACAAUUGAUUCCAAAUGACUUAGCACAAUGUUUUUUCUUUUUCAUUGGCCAGUUCUCUGAGCUUGAUUUCUAAUUGCCUAUUUUCUCUGAUUUCUAAAUACUGUUUUUAGAAAAUGUGGGGUUAUUGCUUAUCUGGAAGUACAGAGGUGACUUGAAUGAAGUGGGACUAGAAAGUAAUAAAAAGGAUUAAUUAUCCUAGCACAUUUACUCAGUUACUUGCUUAUAAUGAGAAAAGUGGUGAUCUAGAUCAACUCCUGGAACGACUACUACAUAUUUAUUAAUUUCAUAAUGAGACAUUUAAAAAUAUAUAUAUGAUAAAUUGAACACUCACAAAGAGCCCAUUACUCUCAAAAUGUUGGGUGACAGUUCAGUUAGACCCAAUAUGCUUUUAGAUUGCUAAUUUAGAUUAAUAAUUAAUGCACAAGUAUUACUCUGUCAACUUGCAUAAAUAAAUGUGCCUUGCUUCCCUGAUUCCCAUCUUCUCUGAAAACAUAUACCUCUUGCUUUUGGGUUGUUUUUUUGUUUUUGUUUUUUUUGGGGGGUUUUGUUGUUUGUCUAAUGUGUUGAGGGUUUUUUUAAUCACUUAGGACAAGGUUUGGUACUAAAUGUUUGGUACAUGUAGUUUUAUACUGUUACAUAUACAGCAUUGUUGUUCUAAUUGUUUUGGAGCACAAGGGACUAAGUACAUUGGAGCAGUGUCUAUUUCAAGUUUUCCUUUAAAACACUUCUUAGAACAUCAGUUUUGCCAUUUGAUCUCAGCAGAUUUUGGUUUCAGACCCCAUGUAAAAAAUCUUCUUUUACAUGAAUCCAUUGAUGGUUGGCGCUCUAUGGACACUCCAAUAAGUCUGCCCAGUUCCAAGGUCUUAUUACUAAAUAUGUUACAUACUAUUUUCAUUGCUUUUUUUCAAGGUCAAAAUAACUGUGUUACAGUGGUGGAGGAGAGUUCAUAUCUACAGAGUACUGUAAAGUUAUUUUAAUUCUUGGAAAGAGGAGCUUAAAUUAAACUUUUUUUUUCUUGACUUUAUAUAACAUCUUUAUAGAUCCAAAUCAGUUAAUAUAUUUUAGUCAUGUUUGAUUGUCUCCCUGUACUAAAUGCAAAGAUUAAAUGAACAAUAAAUG